GGACGUGAAGGCAGCAGGAGUAGCUGUCAGGGGGACAGGGUCCGCACUGCAACUGUGUUAUUUUUACAUUUUGUUGACAUAUCAAUAUAUUUUAUGAUGGAUUCACAGCCUCCACAAAAGCCAUGGGAAAGGCGGAUUCCAGGGGCAAUGAGUGCGCCUAUAAAUUACAGAUCUUCAAACUUUGCACCGGCAGUGGCGGGCCCCUCCACCUCUCUAGGCCCUCCUGUCCUGACCAGAAUGUCGCCCCCAGUGCCCCCUCGUCCCGUCGGGCAGUCUUCUUACCGUCCAUCCUACAGCUCCUUCUCCUCCCCUUACAGCCCCUAUGGGAGCUCCAUGUAUGGGGGCUACAGCCCCUACAGCUAUGGUGGCGGUGGCGGUUACGGCAUGGGAGGCUACAACCGCUUCUCCCACAACGAAGAGGUUUCCCCCAGCCGGUUCGUGCAGCAGGCAGAGGAGAGCAGUCGCGGUGCCUUCCAGUCCAUCGAGAGCAUCGUCCAGGCCUUCGCCUCCGUCAGUAUGAUGCUGGACGCCACCUUUUCAGCAGUUUAUAACAGUUUCCGCGCUGUGCUGGACGUAGCCAACCACCUAACACGGCUGCGUGCACACUUCACUAGAGUUUUGUCAGCUUUUGCUCUGGUACGCACCCUGCGCUACCUCUACCGACGGUUACAGAGGCUGCUGGGGCGAAGAUCAGACACCGAGGCUGACGACUUGUGGGCAGACAGCGCCACUGAUGACCUGGCAACAGCUGGACCCAGAGGGGACGCAGCAGGGGCCGAGGGCCAGUCUGUGAAGUCCUGGCCAGUCUUUCUGUUUUUUGCUGUAGUGUUGGGGGGACCCUACCUUAUCUGGAAACUGCUGAGCUCCAGCCCUGAUUCUGAAGAAAAUGCCACUAACUGGGCCAGCGGGGAGGAUGAUCAUGUAGUAGCCAGAGCAGAGUACGACUUCUCAGCUGCAUCUGAGGAGGAGAUUUCUCUUCGGGCUGGAGACAUGCUCAACCUGGCCCCUAAAGAGCAACAGCCCAGGGUUCGGGGCUGGCUGCUGGCCAGCGUGGAUGGCCAGACCACUGGACUUGUCCCAGCAAACUACGUCAAGGUCCUGGGCAAGAGGAGAGGCCUCAAGCACGCAGAGAUGGAGAGGCUAGCUCAGGUCCAGCAAGGGAGCACACAGGUCUCCCAGGCAACCCUUGCUGCACACCCACAGUCAGAUCCUGCCCCAGGUCUCGGUUCAGCCUCCACUUCAGUUUCCUCAGAGUCACUGCUGGAGUCAGUGUACAGAGAAACACCAGUGUCCUUCAGCGUGGGACCACCUGACUCCAGUUUGCCCUCCAGCACAGUGCUAAACAUCCCUGAAAAGACUGACCUGUGAUGUUUGUGCACGUGUGCAUUUCUCUGUAUGCAAGUCUGUGUGUGUUCAUAACAUCGGUUGGCUCUGUCAGUGUUUAACUCUAAAGCUUGUCUAAUAAUCAGCUGAUAUGUGAUAUUUAAGG